AUGGCUGGGCUAAUGCCGUCCAUUGCGUACAAUGGUGUUCUCUGCUUUUCGCUGAAAAGCAUGAUUGACUCCUUCAGAGUUACGCCGAAGAAGCUUCGGUGCUCUUGCUGUCCGUACGGGUAUCACAUUCAUCUGGACUUCCUCGACUUCUGCAACGAAGUUUCUACGGGAACGUACUUGUCACGUCUGCGGAAGCUCAAGAAGUACAAGCGGAAGCAGAGGAAGUCCGUGCAAGCUAUGCUUGGGCAAGCAACAGAAAAUGUGGAAACGGCUUGUGCGCUUGAGAGGAUUCCUCGCUGGGAGGAGCUCGCGGUGAGACAAAAUGGAAGCGGCGGGGAAAGCAACGCUGACGACCGAGACGGCUCUCCGACGAAGUACGAUGCCGAACUCCGCGAAGCCCUGGACGACUUUGAGGAGUCCUUGGAGCGGUCUCGUAACAGCAGCCGGGCAAGCACUCUGAGUCGUCGAGGGACGAGCGUCGGGCCGCGGUUCAACCAUGCGGACUUAUCCAUCGGCGCCGACCGACCUGUUCGCAACGGGCGCCACUUCUCUGGCGAUUUCGCCACGGGGCAAAGGGCCUCUUCCUGCGGGCCUGCCAACGACCUCCGGCGUUCUGGAAGUGCAGCUGCAUACACGAUGUAUGAUUUAACGCGAACAAUGUCAACUAGUUCGCUUUCGAGCAUGUCUUCCGCCAGCAGUGCGCAUGACAGCCUUGUGAAAGCUGCGAAGCGUCGGGAUGGAAACGACUCAGAUGCGAUCAGCACUAAUAGCGCUGCUUCCUCCGUUCCGGAAGCUUUACUGACUGCUCGCGGCAAUGUUGCUCAGAGUCUGACGAAAGUACGCGAACUCGAGGAGAUAGUAAAAGUUCUACAGGUUGGAGUCUUCCUCGAGUAUGACCCGAUUCCUGUGAGUGAUAAACUCGGAUUUUAUAUUUCACAGGUCAAGGUGUCGGUUCUGAAGGAAGAAAAUCGGCAGCUAUCUCUCAACAAACAGGAUCCUCGCAACAGAAGCGUCGGGGGCAGUUUUGAAAAUGAUGAAAUCGUCGAAUCGUCGCCCUCCCCUCAGCUAAAUCAUGAAACAGACUCCAGCGUUGAUCGCAGCCGUCAUACUCCGAUUCGAGAGAGAAGAAAAGUUUCGCUGAAAGACCUCCGUGAUCCUCUUAUUUCGCCGGAAUGCAAACCCGAAGUGCCAGUCAGGAAAGUGUCGACGAGAGAUUCAAGUAUGUCGGCUUGUCCAUUAACCCGAGAGGUUGGAACCUCUUCCAUUCCUCCGGGGGUGCGUUCCGUGUCAUGUACAGCCGAUCUUUCAUUGGGCGACCCCGAAAGCAAAAAAACUGUCAAACCAAAACCGUGCUUUAAAUGUAUACAACGAUCGACGAAGCGGUUGACGACGAUUGCCGUUGGACCGGACGAGUCGAUGUCGAACGAAGUUGAUGCGUCGAGUGUUGGAACAUCGGGUCGCCCGGAAGCCUAUGAUAAUUUCCUCGAGAAUAUGAACAAAUCUUCGCCGAUUCUGGCUCGAUUAUGUCGUGCGACAAGCGUUCCUCCAGCCAUCACCAUCGACAUGUCUGCGCAGACGGAGGAGGAAGCUGCGAAGGCAGUCGAUUCGAUCGCUGUCAACACUGACUUGCGUCACGGGGACUUCCUCACUUUCUGCGAGCACCGAUCGAUUUUGGAAAAAGCUGCCACAAUCACUUCGGAUGCGUCUUGCCAAGCUGCGUUGCCUGCGCAACUCGUAAAUCCGUUCGCUCUGACAAAGCAGACGCAAACAGAGUUGUUGGGAAGGGACUUCGCUCGUCAGCUCAGCCAGGCCCGUGAAAUAAGCACGGUGGAAAAGACCGUGUUCAUCAACCCUGCAGACCAGUCGUUGGUUGUGACGACUGCUGAUUUCGGGCUUCAGGUUAACACAGAAGCACUUUGGGAAAGUCGAAGGUUGCAGCGGAGCAUUGCAACAGGUAGUGACGAUCCAGCUGAGUAUCUUUUACCAAACAACCAGUUGGCCAAGAAAGUUGUUCACGCUGCAGUCGGAGACUUUGAUAUCAACGAAGGUGAACAAGCUGCCGCUAGUGUUGUUCCGGAUCUUCGCUGCGUAGGUGUCCAAUGUACCAUUUCGUCGGCGUCUCGAAGCGUGCAAACACAGCGCAUGGCACUCCGCUCAAUUGGCACCAAGAUGAAUCCGUGCGAAACUGCUGAUAUAUCCGUCAACACGGACGAAAUUGAGCAAAAGGAGCCUGUUGUAAAACCUGUUGAGAAGAUGAGUUCCGGAGUUAAUACGGAGCCCUGGCUCGAAGAAAAAGUCGAGCCUGCUGCGGUGAUGAGCGUGAUUGAAACUACGAAGCUGAAGCGGGAAUCUGCCCCAUCAACUCCUGAAGUAGACCGGAAAGCUUUCGGAGUGAGCUUGUGCGACAAUUGUAUGGCUGAAAUUAGGUCAGUGGCCAAGGACUUCGUGCAAAAGGCCGACGAGGACAUCUUGCGCGGAAUCCCGGCGGAGCCAGACGGUGCGGAUACACCGAGUACAACGUCCACGUCAACCUUGCCGCCUAUUCCGACGUCACGCAUUCCACGUCCUGUCAGCCUUCAGGUACCGAAACCGACGAACCAGCCGGAUGCACCCGCGUCUGUGGGCUCAAAGAUUCCUCAGCGUACCUCACCUUCGAUUCCAGCCUCCCAGAGGACACCCACGCUGCUUCGAAAAAUGCCCGAAAUUCCAUCGAAGCUGAAGCGCGGUCGCUAUUCACCGAGCAACAGUGGGAAGCAGACGCCGUCGCCGCCAGCCCGGUCCGGCAGUCUGGAUCGUCUAGCCUCGGCUAGGCUAGCUGAAGGACGUGCUCGAGCUCGUGAGAGAUCGGCCUUGCAGCGAGAACUCGAGAGCCCGUCGCCGUCGCAAACGCCACCUUGCGUAUCUGCUGAGAAAUCUCCGUUGCAGGAGACCAAGGAACCUCUCGGUGGCAGUGUUGCCAAGACUUUCGCGCCGAGAAAAGCUGUUGAUAUUCCGCCUAGCGUAAAGAAAGCCUUGGCAACCGUUAGUGACUCAGUAAAGGCUAAGCACGACCUAUCAACUCAUCUGGAUUAUGCACAAGCCUUGCAUAUUGUUCAAGAAGAGUGGUUCAAGAUGACAAGUUCAGUUGAAGCGAAGCCUGACGUCGUGGAGACUUACUUGGACUUCUGCGAAGAAAUUUCGAAGGAACUGCUGAAUAAAAUAGUCAAUUUAAUGGACGCCAGCGGUAACACGGCGAUGCAUUAUGCCGUUUCAAACGGUAACUUCGACGUCGUCAGCCUUUUGUUGGACUCAAAAGUGUGCGAUGUCAACUUACAAAAUAAAGCAGGGUACACGUGUACAAUGCUUGUUUCCUUGGCGCAAACGGUGCACGACACAGUGCGUCAGGUCGUACGGCGCUUGUUUCAUAUGGCGGAUGUUAACAUAAGGGCCAGUCAAAUGGUCAAGUUGCUCUUGGAGGCUGGAGCAGACCUGAACAUCCAAGACACCGACGGAUCCACAGCUCUCAUGUGUGCUGCGGAACAUGGGCACAUCGAUAUAGUGCGCUACCUGUUGUCCCAAGCUGACUGUGAUGCCACUCUUCUGGACAUGGACGGUAGCAGCGCGCUGCAGAUCGCGUUGGAUGCUGGGCACAAGGACAUCGGCGUCAUGAUCUACCAUCACCUUAACUUCUCGCCGAGUUCGUCGCCGAUGGGUCCGCGGGUGCGUGGAAAGUCCGCCACGCGCAGCGGCAGCCUGCCUCGCCGUACAGCCAUUACGCCGCCGCCGCGGACGCCACCUCCGCACACAUUUUUCAGCAUUCGACUUGACGCGAGUUUCAAGUCUGCCGGGAAAGCGCCUAACACGAGGCGGCGCCAUCCGAGUGAGCGGUUCCAUUCGGAAUCGCACUGCUUAUUGGGUGUAACGUUGAACCGGAGCCGCUAUGCCGCAGUUGCGUCCCGAGCCGGAGAAGGAGUGAAUGCGAAAUUCUCUGAAUCCCGUCUCCGUGCUCAUCGACGUCACGCCUCAGCCGACGUUUAUGCGCUUACGCGUGCUGCUCUGUGUCGAGCGUCGCAGGUCGCUACGGAUGUCUGUCGUUUCUAG